GCGCGACGGUUCCAAGCACGCUACACUACACGGUAGUGUAUCAAUUAUAAUUACAACGGCUUUGUAGGUCAGAGCCUGUCUCAAAUCCGCAUCUGGGCACGGCCACGGGGUGCCAUGGCGCCAGCCCACCGCGCCACCCAUCGUGCCUUCCAGACCGGGAAAACCAACGUUGCCUUCCCUCUCAGGUCUGAGGAAGCCAAUCAAUGGCCACAAGAGUAACUGCAGGAAAGAGCGGUCCAUGAGAGUCUCGAACCGGCUCCCUGCAUUGCGACCCCAGCCAGCCAGCCAUCUCUGUCUGGCCCACCCAAGCUAAGCAAGUUGGGAUGAUGGAUGAUGGAAACGCCAUUCUGAUACAACACACAAUCAAACAAUUCCAAGUCUCGUUAUUGACAAUCUUGUCCACUCUCUUCAAUACGCUUCCCAUCCCCCUUCCCCUUCCUACCACUACCUCUGCCAUAUGGGUUCUGCCAAUUUGCUCAACACCCAACAGUCCAGGCUGACCUCAGAACGGGCGACCUUCUCUGAUCAUCUACUGAACUGGUCCUGCCACAACCUCACUUGCAGAUUUCCACUGCUUCACUGCCCCUCCGUUGGACAAAGACAGACUUGGUCAUAAAUUUGCGGUCCGCCAUUGGCGAAACAGCCAAGAUGGCCUCAGAAACAACGCCUUGUCUUGAUACCCUGCCCCUUACCAACUUCUCUUCUUCGCAGAAUGGUGGCUCUGUAGCCAUCCGAGGUGGUUUUGACGGCGCGGUGCCACGUUCGCCUGCCGAGCAAUCUCCUCUCAUCCCCGAUUUCGAAAUGCCUGGCAUCGAAGAGAAUGCUGUCGCCGCUGGCAUGGACGCUGGCAUGGACGCUGAUAGUGACGAUCAACGAGCCGAACGGAGCGAUGACGAGGAUGUGAGCCACCUGGUCCAGAAUGAGCCUCGCAAGCCCCGCAAGAUCACCGAGAAGAAGAAGAUCGAAAGAGCAAGUUUUGGCCUUUGGUUGGAAGCCAACGGGAACAGGCUGUCCAAGAAGCCUGAGAAUCGUGUCAAGGACACAGAUCAGUCCAUUGGAUACCUGGUCAAGAGUUGGGAACGUCAGAAGAAGAUCAUCAACAACCCUCGUGACUACCAGAUGGAGCUGUUCCAACGGGCCAAGGAGAAAAACACAAUCGCUGUUCUUGACACCGGAUCUGGAAAGACACUGAUAGCGGUACUCCUCCUCCAGCACAUCAUCGAAAAGGAGCUUGAGGAUCGGAAGGCAGGCCUGCCACGGCGCAUCUCCUUUUUCCUUGUUGACAAGGUGGCUCUCGCCUACCAGCAGCAUGCGGUUCUGGAUUGUAAUCUUGGCCAUUCUGUGGUUGCCUUCUCCGGAGAUUCAGUUCGAUCCUUGUGGAACAAACCCUUCUGGGAGCAACAAUUUGCAAAACACGAGGUCAUAGUGUGCACAGCCGAGAUACUGAACAAGUGCCUGCAGUCUGCAUACAUCCGAAUCGACCAGAUCAACCUACUCAUUUUCGACGAAGCCCACCAUACAAAGAAGAAUCACCCAUACGCUCGUAUAAUCAAAGAUUAUUAUGCGACACAAGAGGGCAGUGGCACUCGGCUGCCCCGUAUCUUUGGCAUGACCGCGUCACCUGUCGAUGCGCAGGUCGACGUCCGACUAGCGGCAAGAGAACUCGAAGGACUCUUGCACAGCGUCAUCGCGACCACCGCCGACCCGAGCGCCCUACAGUCAACCGUGGCUAAGCCCAAGCGAGAGCUCCAGGCCAAAUAUGCUCAUCUCAUCCAGCCGCCCGAAACAGCACUCACUGCAAAAUUGAGGGUGGCCGUGGGCAGCAACAAAUACCUCGAGAAGGCAUUCGCUUUUUCCAAGUACGCCGCGAGAGAGCUGGGAACCUGGUUCGUGGAUAGACAGUGGCAGGUCCUUUUCCAGGACAGCGAGAUCCACAAGCUUGAGGCCAAGACGGAGAAAGGGUUCUCCAACAACAUGGCUUCGAUCGACACCCUGAACAAGCAGAGAAAGGGUAUCCAAUCUGCUCGACAGCUGGUCCAGAGCCACCAAUUCAUGGAACCGGGUGAGUUUCUGCUCUCAGCAAAAGUCCGCUGUCUCCUAGAACUUUUGAAGGAGCACUUCAACAAAGACAAGGACACGGUUCGAUGCAUUGUCUUCGUCGAACAGCGGUGGACCGCUAGCCUACUGGCAGACUUGCUCCAGCAAGAAGGCGUGAUCAAGAAGAAAAUCCCCGAUAUCAAGGCUGGCGUUCUCAUGGGUGCUAACCAAGAUGACACCCUUUCAUCAACGUCCUUCCGCCAUCAACUUAUGACGAUUAUCAAGUUCAAGGAUGGCGAGCUCAACUGCAUCUUUGCAACAUCAGUAGCUGAGGAGGGCCUGGAUAUCCCCGAAUGUAACUUGAUCAUUCGCUUCGAUCUCUACAAGACCAUGAUACAGUACAUACAGUCGCGAGGUCGGGCUAGACAGCCCCAAUCUACUUACUACCACAUGACCGAAGAUGGCAACGGUGAUCAUCGUCGCAGGAUCCUGCAGAACACUGCAAACGAGAAUACUUUGCGGCAGUUCUGCAGCGUGCUCCCGGAGGACAGGCAGCUCAAAGGAAGCGACUUCGACAUGGACUAUUAUCUCCGAAAAGAACGAGAUCAACAGGUGUACACAGUCCGAGCUAGUGGAGCAAAGAUCACCUACAAGAACAGCUUAUCCAUUCUUGGGGACUAUCUCAAUUCGCUUCGGUACCAAGACGACUUCACCGAGGACAUGGGCAUUGUCGCUGACUACCAUAUCAUGCCAACCGAAGGAGGUUUCAUCUGUGAAUUGAUCAUGCCUGUCGCCUCGCCAGUAUCCGGUGCAACGGGAAGACCGCAUUCGACGAAACAGGUCGCCAAGUGCUCCGCAGCUUUCGAGGUUUGCAAGAAGCUAUUCCAAAGCAAAUUCAUCGACGAGAACUUGCGUUCGACGUUUGUAGAGAGACGCAACAAGAUGGCGAAUGCACGACUGGCGGUUUCGUCCAAGAAGAAGGCCAGAUACGACAUGCAUCUAAAGCCAAAGAUGUGGAACGAGCUCGGUCCGGUUCUGGAAUUGUACGCGACAGCGUUGAUUCUUUCGAAUCCAAAGGCCAUAGAGCGACCAUCCCGGCCUCUUCUGUUCUUGACAAGGACAAAGCUUCCCCAGAUUAAGUCAUUCCCCCUUCAUUUUGGGCCACCUGGGUCGAAAGGGAUGUCUUCCACAACUACUUGCCUAGUUUUGAAUACUCCAAUCACGCCUUCUGAGGAAGAUCUUCAGCUUCUCACCAACUUCACCCUCAAGAUCUUCGUGGAUCUCUUCAACAAGCAGUAUGCGGCAAGCACAAAUGAAAUGCCGUACUUUUUCGCGCCGACAAAUAAAGACCACAUGUUCACAUUCUCGGAACUUGCUGAUCUACGCCAGGCCAUCGACUGGUCCGUUUUACACCAAGUAUCAGCCACUGACGCUUUACCUUACACGGGUCAUGAACCAGAUGAUUUCUAUGCGGACAAGUUCAUUGUCGAUCCCCAUGAUGGUUCACGCAGAUUUUGGCUGCGCGGUCUUCGAAAAGACCUGACACCCCGGAGUAUGGUUCCCAACGAUGUGGAUCAUGCUCCAGGUUACGCACAAUGGAAGCGUGGCCAAGUUGCUCACGAUAUCCUCAAUUGGACCGUCACUUCCUGGAAGGCCACUCGUGAGGCGCGAGAAAUGAUGUGGAACGAGGACCAGCCCGUCGUUGUGGGAAAAUUUGCCUCUCUGCGCCGAGAUUUCCUAUCGGAGAUGGAGAACGACCCCAAAAACCCGUUCUGCUAUUUCGUCCUGGAACCGCUGAGGAUUUCUCCGAUUCCUGUGGAUGUAGUGGCCAUGGCAUAUCUCAUCCCGUCCAUUGUUCAUCGGCUUGAGCAGAAUCUCAUUGCGCUAGACGCAUGCAAGAUGCUCGAGCUGGACAUCCAUCCAGACCUCGCUCUUGAGGCACUCACCAAAGACAGUGAUAACCAAUCCGAAGAUAAUGGCAGGGAAUCGAUGGAGACGUUUGAGCCCAUCAACUUCCAGCCUGGGAUGGGCAACAACUAUGAACGUCUCGAAUUCUUAGGCGACUCGUUCUUGAAAAUGGCGACCAGCAUAUCUGUCUUCACUCUUAUACCCAACAAAGAUGAGUUCGACUACCAUGUUGAGCGGAUGCUCAUGAUCUGCAACCAAAACCUGUUCGGUACUGCACGCAAGGACUCUUUGAAGCUGGAAGAGUACGUCCGGUCCAAGGCCUUUUCUCGCGCCACAUGGUAUCCCAACUUGAGUCUGGCAUUCGGAAAGAAGCACCAGAAGAAAUUGCACAACAUGGGAUCUCAUCAGCUUGCCGACAAAUCUAUUGCCGACGUUUGCGAAGCCCUCAUUGGUGCCGCAUACAUGACCACUCGAAAGGACAACGACUACACCAUGGCAAUUCAAGCAGUGACUCGACUCGCCAACCAUAAACAUCAUCCAAUGAUGAAAUGGGAGGACUACUACGCUGCAUACCAGAAACCAGCAUGGCAAAUCACGGCCGCCAGUGCCGCCGAGCUGGAUAUGGUAAGCAAGAUCGAGGACGUCACAAAGUACAAGUUCCGUUACCCUCGCCUGCUCCGAUCUGCGUUUGUCCACCCUUCGCGUCCUUACAGCUCGGUCAGACUACCGAGCUAUCAGCGUUUGGAAUUCCUCGGAGACGCCCUGCUCGACAUGGUUUGCGUUGAUUUCCUCUUCCACGUCGCCCCCGACAAAGGCCCACAGUGGUUGACAGAACACAAGAUGGCCAUGGUUUCCAAUCAGUUUCUCGGUUGCCUUGCGGUCGAGCUCGGCUUUCACAAGUAUUUACUGCACAACGGCGUACUUAGCCCCAUGAUUCUGGAGUAUGUCACGGCGAUCAACGAUGCCCGCCGCAUGGCUGAGGAAGCAGCCGAGGCGGCCGGUAAGCCUCGCUCGCGCUUUGCUCGCGACUACUGGAUCGAGACUCGGCAGCCCCCGAAAUGCAUUGCGGAUGUACUCGAGGCAUAUAUCGGCGCAAUAUUCGUCGACUCCGAGUACGACUACACGACAGUUCAGCGAUUUUUCAGAGACCAUUUUCAACCGUACUUCGCAGACAUGAGGAUUUACGACACCUUUGCCAGCAAGCACCCUGUGACUUUCUGCACGCAGUUUAUCUAUGAAACCUUUGGCUGCCAUGCUUACGGAUUGCUCUCGGAGGAGAUGCAGGUUACUGAUAACGAGGGCAUCUGGACUGGGGCAAUCAAAGUUGCGGCCGGCAUCCUUAUUCAUGGCAAAGUUGUGGAAGGCGCAGUCCGAGAGAGCGGGGGCUACGCAAAGAAGGCCGCAGCAAGGGUGGCCAUGGACAAGCUCAAGAACAUGACGAAGGAGCAAUUCUUGAAAGAAUACGAGUGCGACUGCAAGCCUGGUGAAGUGGUCCCAGACAUUGCUGAGAUUGCUACGCCUGUAUGA